UAAAACACGUGAUUUGUUUGAAAACCACAAAACAUACUGUUUUCGCCCCUCCCAAAUAUCUGUCAAAGUGAAACUUAACUACUGCAUUUAAAGGCGUUCUGCUCCGUGAAAAAAUACAGUUCUUCUCAUCGGUCGAAGCCUUAAACGAAGGAGGAAACAUUAUUGAAGAUAAUAACCAUUUCUAAAGACAGGAAUACACAGGGUUUUGCUCCCAGUUUACAUUUGUAAGAUAUUUUCAGCAAUGGGCAACAGUCAGUCAGCUCUAAAAGAACAUGGCUACACUCUGGUGAAGGAAGAGGAGAAUAAGAUCCUGGUGAAAAACGAAGCUGGUGAUCAGUUUGUCAUUAAAAAGUUGAGCGCUAACCAGGACGAAUCAAAGUUUCUCCCACAUCUCAAUCACUCACACAUCGUCCAGCACAAGGAAUUUAUCAAAGAUUCUGACUGUCUGUAUCUUGUACUGGAGCACUGUGAAGGUGGAGAUCUCGCUCAGAAAAUCAAAAACAAAAAGAAGGAAAACGUUAUGUUUUCUGAGAAUGAGAUUCUGAACUGGAUUGUGAAGAUCUGCAUGGCUUUAAAGUAUUUGCAUGAUCAACAGAUCCUGCAUAAAAACCUGCGACCCGAGAGUAUAUUCUUCACUACAUUUGGAACCAUCCGUCUUGGAGAGUUUGGAGUGGUUCAUCAACGAUCCACUGAAGGACAAACAGCUGAAAAUGAACCUUCUUCAUAUGUUGCACCUGAGAUUUUUUAUGAUGUUAAUAACUUCCACAGUGAAAUAUGGAGGCUGGGAUGUGUCAUCUAUGAGUUGUGCAUGCUGAAAUGUGCGUUUCCUGCAAUACUCACAGUUGAGAAUGUUAAAAAGAUACUCACAUCCUCCCAUGAAGCUCUUCCUGAGACCUUCUCUGAGGAUCUGCGUCAGCUAGUAACAGACACACUUCAGCCCGAUCCGGCGAAGCGCCCGUCUGUCAGCGAGAUCUUGACCAGACCUUUCAUCAUUAAAUAUCUUCAUGAAAAGAACAUGCAAACUAUUAAGAGACUUUAUAGGAUGCUAGAGGAACUGAGAGCCCUGGCUGAUGAUUUGGAAAGAGUCCAUUUCAACACAACUGUAGGCAGUCUCACAGGAGGUGUCAUAGGACUGGCUGGAGGAAUCGCAUCUGUAGCUGGACUUAUUCUCUCUCCGUUCACCCUCGGAGCAUCUCUGGUAGUAACAGGGUUGGGAAUCGGUACGGCAGUAGCUGGAGGAGUAACAGCUGGUGCCAGCAACAUAACAAACAUGAUUAACCAGCAAACAAACCGGCAAAAGAUCAAAAUGCUCAUAAAAGAGUUCCAAGAAAAAAUCACCUCCACAGUUUGCUGCAUACGAAACAUCCAAAUAGCUGUGGAAACUUUAGAAAGACAGUUUUCCACAAGUGAUGAGUCAUUUUCCAAUGCACAACCUGGGGCAAAUGCUGGAGCUCGACUUGGACGAGGACUGGGAGGCAUUCCGGAGCUUCUUCGUGUAAUUGAAGUUGUGAAUGUUGGGAAGGUUGCAGCUCAGACUGCGAAAGCCAUUCGUGUGGCUGAAGCAGCUACUGGAAUUUUUUCUGCACUUUUUGUAGCUGUUGACGUCUUCUUUGUUUUUCUCGACUCCAGAGAAAUUCACAACAUCCGCCAAGAUUACGCUUUAAGAGAGAGUCAACGAGAAUCAGAAUCUACCAGCAACCAAAGUGCUGGGUCGACUGAACAGACGUCAGAUAACAGCGACACAACAAACCUGGUGCCUUCAAACACUCAACAGGCAGAAGAGCUGAAGUCUGAGACCAUGAAAUUUGUGACAAAAAUAAAGGAGACGACAGAGGAGCUUCAGAAGAUUCUGGAUACGCUACGAGAUGCACUGCAGCCAAACUCUGAGCUGCCAAACACUGACAACAAAACUUGUUAGUAAAGUUCUCCAGUCAUAGAUUAAUUAUAGUCGCAGCUAAGGUUAGGUGAUGAAUAUGUAUCUAUUCUGGAUUUAUUCUGGAUAUUCUGUAUUUUUAUGAUGAAAUAUCUAAAUUAAUAUUGCUGGUUUCAAUAAUGCUUAAAAACUUUUUGAGAAACAAUAAAGUAAGCUUGCUGCACUUCCAUUUAAUUAUCUUAAGAAUGUAUGUUAGGACUUAUUGCCUUAAUUUCCUCGAUGUUUUAGAAAUCAGAAAACAUAAGCAUAAAAUAUUUUUUUUUUUUUUUUUCUGUAUACAGUGGCUGCUUAUUGUAAUUUUUCUUCACUUGUACAUAAAUAAAUAUAUCAGAAAUCCAAA